AUGUUUGCCAAGCUUUAUGUCACUUACAUCAGCACUGUUACUAAUCUGCCCAGCCGCCGCUGUAAUCGCCGCCUUGGCCGCAGCCUUGAUCUGCUCUUGAGCUUGUUGGUUGAACUCUCCAACGGCGGUGGGGAGGUUGUCCACCGCAGCGGCAAGCUCUUGUUUGACUUUGGUCCGAAAAUCAUUUUCAAUCUGGCUCUCAACCAUUUUCCUAACCACCGCCAACUUACUGUCCACGGCUUGCGCGGGGCUUACAUUUGGAUCGGUGCCUUGGUUGGUAGCAGUAGCCGCGGUGAGCUGUUUGUCAAGUUUUCUAGUCUCAUCAACUACUCUAUCCAAUUCGCUUGCGAUGCUUCUUUUGCUGCCCUUUUCUAUCCUGUAGUCGCCGAGCAGGAUAGAGUCAAUUUCGUUCGCCACCUGACUGGUGGUAGCGGAGAGACCCAGCAGCGUGGAUUCGACUGCUACUUUCAGGUAGUCUUUGCCACUUUUAUCCGCAUUCUGAAUCCCCUCGAAAAUCAUCUGAGAAAGCGUGCCAAUUCCCUCAUCCCUAAGUUUCUGAUCAAGCUCCCCGACAAAAUGCAGACAGGCUUUUUUCACAGAUUCAAUGGUUGUUUGUAUUUUGCCAUCAGUUAG